AUGUGUGGCGGUGCUAUUUUAGCUGACUUAAUCCCUCGUAACCGUGGCCACCGUGGCGCAGCUUCUGAGUUCUGGCCUAACUCAUCCUUCAAGAAACUCAGUCCCUUUGAGUCCGAUCCGAGCUCACACCGCAAUCAGGAGUCAUUCACUCCCAAACGACCCCAACCCACUUCAGGGGAUCAUGAGCAAGUGGAGAAGCCCAAUGCCAAGAGGCAGAGGAAGAAUCUAUACAGAGGUAUAAGGCAAAGACCUUGGGGUAAAUGGGCAGCUGAGAUUCGUGACCCAAGAAAAGGAGUCCGUGUUUGGCUGGGUACCUUUAACACUGCCGAGGAAGCAGCUCGAGCCUACGACAGAGAGGCUCGCAAAAUUCGCGGCAAGAAAGCCAAAGUCAAUUUUCCUAACGAAGAUGGUCAUCACGGCACCAUUUUUCAAAACUCGAAUGCAGAGCCUCCUCUGUACCAAACCCCCACUUGUCAUUCCUCAAAAGGUUAUGAUUUUGGGUAUGGUUAUGGUGUAAACCAGAUCGAAACCUACCCUUCAAAUGGUUUUAAUAGCGAACCUAUUGUUGCUUAUGGGAAAGAUGAUUCUGGGUCCUGUUCAGAGGAGGUAACCGGAUUGGUGGGUUGUAAUCAGAAUGUGGAGAGUAAUAAUUAUACGGGUCGAGUGAAGGUGGAAGUGGAAGAGGAGGAGAAGGUGAAGAAUCAGAAGGUGGUGGUGGUGGAUUUGGCAACUGCAGAGGAAGAAAAUGAGGUCCAUAAGCUGACUGAGGAGUUAAUGGCGUAUGAGAAUUUCAUGAAGUUUUAUCAGAUUCCCUAUAUGGAUGGACAAUCAAUGGCACCAAACUGCACUACCCAGGGUAGCCUUGUGGGUAACCUUUGGAACUUCGAUGAUGAUGGUGUUGCUGCUCCUGUUUCGGCACCUCUGGCAGGGCAUUUGGAGGCGAAGGUGGUAAAUUUGGAACUUCCAACUGCGCUUAUGGUUUUGGGUUUCCUUUAUUUGGCUGCAAAACUAGCGACUGGCGAGCACGGUGGGCGCCCCUUGCUUAUGCUCUAUUCCUUUCUUAGGCUUCAAGACAAAACGCACUCAUUAUUGAAUCCUCUAGAGAUUGAACAAGAGGUGCUUGAAGAUAUUGCUACGUAG